AUGGAAUCCAUGCUAAUUGGAUCUCUCCACAGACCUUUUCCCUUCGCAGCUGAGUUAUGCUCGCUUCAUAGUGCAGGGAAUGAUUUAAAAUGCAAAGCUUUCAGCAGUGUAGGAAGGCUCUACGCCCUACCGGAGAGAUUAUGUGUCCGGAGGCGAAAUUUGAUGCACCAGCCUGUCAAAAAUAUCAUCCAAAGAAGAAUUACAUUAAAUCCAAAGCAUGACUCAAAGUAUGUAGUAAACUCAGCUUCAGGACAUCCACUUGAGUCUGAACCUUCCAAGAACCCUUUGGAUCAAGUGAAACAAGCAUUUGAUGCUUUCUACAGGUUUUCACGGCCUCAUACGGUUAUAGGAACAGCACUGAGUAUCGUUUCAGUUUCUCUCCUUGCGGUUGAGAAACUAUCAGAUUUUUCUCCAUUAUUUUUUGCUGGCUUGCUGGAGGCUAUUGUUGCUGCUCUGUUGAUGAAUAUUUAUAUUGUUGGAUUAAAUCAAAUAUCUGAUAUAGAAAUCGACAAGGUAAACAAACCAUACCUUCCAUUGGCAUCUGGAGAAUAUUCGGUCAAAACUGGUUUAAUGAUUGUAUCAUCCUUUGGUAUCUUGAGCUUUUGGCUUGGAUGGGUUGUUGGUUCGUGGCCUUUAUUUUGGGCCCUCUUCAUCAGUUUCAUACUCGGAACUGCGUAUUCUAUUGAUGUACCACUUUUGAGAUGGAAAAGAUUCGCUGUAGUUGCAGCUAUGUGCAUCUUUGCUGUGCGAGCAGUGAUCGUGCAAAUAGCUUUCUAUUUGCACAUCCAGACUUAUGUGUUUGGACGACCAGGCAUCCUCACAAAGCCUGUGAUUUUUGCUACUGCAUUCAUGAGCUUCUUUUCUGUCGUCAUUGCGCUCUUUAAGGAUAUACCUGAUAUUGUUGGGGACAAGAUAUACGGAAUUCAAUCAUUUACAGUCCGACUGGGCCAAGAGAAGGUUUUCUGGAUUUGCAUUUCACUUCUUGAAAUGGCAUAUGCUGUUGCAUUGUUUGUCGGAGUUACAUCUACUUGCACAUGGAGCAAGUGGGCCACGGUCAUUGGCCAUACCGCGUUGGGUUAUCUUCUGUGGAGUCGUGCAAAAUCUAUCGAUUUCAAGAGCAAGGCAGCAAUAACAUCUUUUUAUAUGUUCAUAUGGAAGAUCUCCUCUUCUGCUGUGCAGCUCUUUUAUGCCGAGUAUCUGCUCAUUCCUCUGAUCCGGUGAUCUCGGUUUAAAUCGAUGACAGAGUGCGACGGCCAACACUUGUUAGACCUGAUCUCAUCUGGUUGCUGUUACAGCCCCUUCAUAAAUUCUGCUCUCUGUUGGUGAUGACAAAAAUUCAGAAAAAUAAUACUACCACUGAUUUUACUAAUCUCCUUGUGUUUUCCAAAUUGGGUAUGUAUUACUUUAAGAUUGUACUGGAAUUGACGGAUUGUUUUACUCUGGAUUUUUUUCAGUCGGAAAUCUUAAGGUCUCAA